AAACGCUUUCUACAUCUGAGACAACAAAUUACUAUAUCGUAGUGCAACCGUAAUAGAGUUAACAGGAUGGCAGGUGUGAAACGGGAGAGAGAUAUUGAUGAAGAUGAGGAGGAAGCGCCAGUGAAAUUUAGUCGGCCUCAGGACGUGGAGGAUCAUAGGAGCCGCCACUGUCCAUACCUCGAUACGAUCAACAGGAGUGUUUUGGACUUUGACUUUGAGAAGCUGUGCUCCAUCUCUCUCUCACACAUUAAUGUCUAUGCCUGUCUCAUCUGUGGGAAAUACUUCCAAGGUAGAGGCCAGAAAUCCCAUGCCUACACACACAGUGUUCAGUUCUCACACCAUGUCUUCCUCAAUCUCCACACACUGAAGUUCUACUGUCUGCCUGACAAUUAUGAGAUCAUCGACUCCUCUCUUGAGGACAUCACGUAUGUACUGAAGCCAACAUUCACCAAGCAGCACAUUGCUAAUCUGGACAAACAGGGAAAACUGUACAGAGCCUACGAUGGCACAACCUACCUGCCUGGCAUUGUGGGUCUUAACAAUAUCAAGGCCAAUGACUAUGCCAAUGUGGUUCUGCAGGCUUUGUCUAACGUUCCUCCUCUGCGGAACUACUUCCUGGAGGAGGAGAACUACCGCGACAUUCGCCGUCCACCGGGUGACAUCAUGUUCCUGCUGGUGCAGCGCUUCGGAGAACUCAUGAGAAAACUGUGGAACCCGCGGAACUUCAAAGCCCAUGUGUCUCCACAUGAGAUGCUGCAGGCCGUGGUCCUCUGCAGCAGGAAGACCUUCCAGAUCACCAAACAGGGGGAUGCUGUGGACUUCUUGUGUUGGUUCCUAAAUGCCUUGCACGGAGCCCUCGGUGGAACUAAAAAGAAACCAUCGAUUAUAACAGAGGCGUUCCAGGGCUCCAUGCGUAUUUUCUCCAAGAAACUGCCCCAUCCAGACCUGCCUGCAGAGGAGAAGGAGGCCCUGCUUCUAAAGGAGGAGUACCAGGAGGUGAUGUCAGAGUCUACCUUCCUGUACCUGACCCUUGACCUCCCCACCGCUCCCCUCUAUAAGGAUGAGAAGGAGCAGCUGAUUAUUCCACAGGUCCCUCUCUUUAACAUCCUGGCCAAGUUUAACGGCAUCACUGAGAAGGAGUACAAAACCUACAAGGAGAACUUCCUUAAAAGGUUUCAGCUGACCAAACUGCCACCCUAUCUCAUUUUCUGCAUCAAAAGAUUCACCAAGAACAACUUCUUUGUGGAGAAAAACCCCACCAUUGUCAACUUCCCUAUUACGAAUGUGGACCUGCGGGAUUACCUGACGGAGGAGGCCCAGGCCUCCGGGAUAGACACCACCUAUGACCUGGUGGCCAACGUGGUGCAUGAUGGGAAACCUUCGGAGGGGGCGUACAGGAUUCAUGUUCUGCAUCAUGGCACAGGGAAAUGGUAUGAGCUGCAGGACCUUCAGGUGAUUGACAUCCUGCCACAGAUGAUCACCCUGUCUGAGGCCUAUAUCCAGAUCUGGAAAAGACGAGAGAGUGAAGAGUCAAACAGCCACACAGGAGCAUGACUGAGGCCUAUUCUGUGUCACAAAUGGGAAUUCGCCAUCUUCAGCCGUUUAGAAGCCCCCAAAACCCCUUAAGCCUACUGUUAUGAGUGUGACAGCAGCAGGCAGAGUACGGGGACCUCACACCUUCACACACGACACCAUGGCCUUUGGUCGUCUGACCAACACAUCCAUCUGUAGCCUGGUCUUUCUCUCUCUCUCUGCUGUGUACAGCUGAUUUUCUCACACUCACCUGUGGGGAUGAAUCAAAAGACUUUGUUUUACCCAU